AUGGGUGGUGUGCAUCACGACCAUCGACCUGGCAGGACCUGGGCCUUGUCUGGCGGCCUGGCCUUGUCCCCCAUCUCCACUUUCUUUGGGCUCCCCUGGAUGGUGCACCUGCUUGGUGCUUGGUGCCUGCCCUUUCACAUCCUUGUCUGCCUUGGCCGCCCUGGCCCGUCCUGGUCUGGUUCCCUCCUCCCCCCCUCUCUCCUCCACCUUCCACCCACCCCCGUCUCCUGCCUAUCCGUUCCAUUGCGAGUGUCUCCUGCCACUGCAUUGCUCCUGCUUCAGUGGACUCUCUCUCAAACUGGCAGCAGCGACUGA